GGUGUAUAUGAAUGUUUUGAUUUUCUGUUUAAGAAUCUGGAUGUCAAGAUUUUUAUAUUUCUACUUGUCUAGAACUCGAUCUAGAUCUAGACUAGAUUACUUCAGAAAAUUUUAAUAUAGAGAUAUAACUUGUAUAGAAUUAGAAAAGAACAAAGGUUACCCCUUUCACUCUGAUUCAAUUAAGAUGGUUACUGCAGAUGCUGUUGCAGCCAUGAAAACAAUGGCAUUGGAUCCAAGAAGGAGGACUCUUUUAGCCAAAGAUGCGACAUGCAUUGGUGGUCUUGUAAUUGUAUUGUCGAAUAUGAAUCAAUCAAUAGUGGAGGAAGCACUGCAGACAUUGCUACUGCUAAGUGAAUGUCAAGAGGCAUGUACAAUUCUUAAAAACCAUGUUGGCAUGUUGGAUCAGUUAAAUGUUGUCAUUGACAGUUGUGAAAAGAACAGCAGGGUUUAUCAUCUUGCUCAGCUUCUGCUAGAAAAAUUUAAUGAAAUUUCAUUGCAAAAAACAAAAUCUAAACCUCUUGCAGAUUCCACCAACAAUGCUAGAUCAAGUUCAAAUGAGAAAAACACCAGUCUAAAUGGCCACAAUAAAGCCAAGUCCAUUAUUCUUCAAAUCAAAGGACUCCACGAUAAGAGUGACAGAGAUGUGUGUGCCCGAUUGUUGCUCAAAGUUAGAGGUGUCAUAAGCAUAACAUUUGAUCUGAGCAAAAAGAGGUGUAUUUUACGGACUAAAGCUGACAUCAAACCAGAGAUGUUGGCAUCUAUAAUAGCAAAAUCCAUGACAAUGACUGCACAGCAGGUUGUGAGAAACGAUAAAGGUGAAGAGAGUUUAGUAAGUUUUAAUACAAGUACCCAUCAAGCUGUCCCUGAACAAGAAGAUUUACCUGAUUAUUUGUCUGAUGACUCUGAUACAACUAUCAUUGAUGAUAAAGCUGUCAAAAAACCAACAGAGGAGGAUAAGAAGAAAUCAGCUGGAUGGUUUUCUAAAGCUGCAAAUUUCUUGUCGAGUUCUUUCUACUGGUAGUUAUGGUAAUGGUUGUAAAGUUUUGAUUAUAUUUGUUUUAAAAAAACAUAGUUCUAUAGCCUGUUACUGUGAAAUUGUGAGAAUCUAGAGAAAUAAAAAAAAGUUUUCUUCAGAGUGAGCAUUUUGUGCUUUAAUUAAAUCAUACAAUUUGAAUGUCCAUGAAAUGAAUUCAUAUUGCCAAAUUGCUUCAGUGAUCAUGAUAAAAGAAUCUUCUUGUUUUUUCUCUACAUAAACAAAAGCUAUUGCAUUUAAAAUAAAUAUUGGGCUUAAUUUAAAAAUGCAGAAAAAGAUUUUUUUUUGUUAUAUUUUUUAAGCAAUUGGAAAAUUUCCUUAAAUUGUCUUUUUUUCAGUAUGUUUUUUUUCUUGACCUAAGUCAGUGAGAUUAAUAAACUGAUUUUUUUAAAUUGAAUUUUAAAUGAAUUUUAAUCUUUAUUUCAACUUUGGCACAACCUUUUGUUAUGAUAUAGUUUAAUUAUAUACUGUAAAUGCCAACAAGGACUACAGAGGGUGUUAGCAAAUAUUCUAGUUAAAUAAUUUUACUUUUUUAAGCUUAACUAAUUAUAAUUUAUUUCAGCUCAGUUUUAAAAGAUUAUUCCUUUUUAAAACUUUUUCUAGCAAAAAUUAAUUUGCUAAAAAUGUUAAUUUAUGGGGUGUAUAUACACAUUAAACAAAUUUUGUAUAAUAAAGUUUUCAAACUA